AUGCGUGGUCCGAAAAGAUCCAGAGUAGACACAGAAACAGAGCGGGAUGACCAAGCAGAGGAGCAGGUUUGGUGUCGGGAAACGGGACUGACAGGUGCUGGGCGAGGAAUUCUUGCCCAAGAAGUGGGCUCGGAGACGGAGACGAUUGAUGAAGAGCUCGGCUUCGCAGCGGGCGCUGAACUCACUGAGGUGCGAGCGAAGAUGAACAAAACGCUGAGAGCAGAAUAUUUCGCCUCAGAGAGGGAGUGGUCGAAAGGUAUUGUGAAGACACGGCAGGGAUUAGAGCUCUGGAAGAGAGUUGGUGGUAUCAGAAGCCAGAAAAUGUUGGAAACCUUAUACCGCUUCAGAGAUACCUACUAUCUGGUCAUCCUGGUUAUCGCUGUGCCCAUGAACACAGUGGCGAUUGCAAUCCUGUCCCGGGGGAAGUGCGGCCUCUCCACCUGCACCACACGCUACCUGGUUGCCAUGGCAGCGGCGGAUCUGACGGCUGUCGUCACUGCAUUCUUUGCACGGAUCGAGUACUAUUCCUCCGGAUCCUUCCUGGAGACGUACCCCUUGUGUAGCAUUAUCUUUGUACUGCAAUGUGCUUCCAGAGACUGUUCCGUCUGGCUCACGGUCACCUUUACCUUCGAUCGGUUUGUCGCCAUUUGUUGUCAGAAGUUAAAAGCCAGCUAUUGCACGGGAAGGACCGCGGCCUUGGUUCUGGUGAACACCUGCACUAUUAUGUGUUUAAAAAAUAUCCCUUUCUAUUUCAUUUAUAACCCAAGGGAAAUAAUCGAUGGUGUAUUAUGGAUUUGUAAGUUCAACACAGAUUAUUACACUGAACACCAGUGGGUGAGCUUUGACCAAUUCGAUAAGAGUUUAACCCCACUGAUUCCAUUCGCACUGAUUCUGAUCCUCAACGCCCUGACGGUCCGGCACAUUUUAGCGGCCAGUCGGGUUCGUAAAGGACUGAGGGGUCAGAGGAAGGGGGAGAACUGCAGUGACUCGGCAAUGGACAGCAGGCGGCGCUCUGCGAUCCUCCUCUUCACCAUAUCCGGCAGCUUUAUCAUUUUGUGGUUGGCGACAGUUGUCAAUUUCUUCACGUAUAACGUCGGAGGGACAGAUCCCAAUAAUUACACGGAUUCUGAAUUUAUCUUACUGGAGCUUGGAUACAUGUUACAGAACCUGUGUCUGUGCACGAACACAUUUAUAUAUGGAGUAACACAGUCUAAGUUCAGAGAGCAGUUCAUAGCCGCAGUUAAAUGGCCAGUGAUCACAAUUGUACACUUAAUCAGGAGACAAAGCAACUGA